CUGUGGCCAGAAAGGAGAAUAGAGCCGUUGACGAGGCAAAUAAAACUAGUGAUUGUUUGAGUUUGAAGAUUUAAAGCACUGACAGAACUACAGUAUUGUAACUAUAGCAUCAGAGAAAAACUUUCUGGAUUGAACUCCACAUCAAUUCUGGCAGAAGAGACUGAGGAAAAAAAACAAAACUCUGAGAAUUCACCAGUACGCCGACGCUGAUAGAGACCUAUCAUUUAGGCUAUGAGGAUCUGCAAUAAGAAUCUUCGCCUUCAGGACGUCACCAUCAUGUACUUCACUGCCCUGGCUGCUCUAAUGGUGAUCUUGGUGGCUUCAUAUCAGGCUACCACCAAAGCUAUUGAUGUGUCCAGCCUUAAAUCAAACCCCUCCGGUCCUCUCCCACCUCUCCCCAUGCCCUUUCGUGUGCCGCUUGACCCACGCGGGAAUCUCCAGCUGGCCUGGAACAUCAGCUACGCCGACCAGGAGGUUUACAUGGAGCUGAGGGUUGCAGAGCUUAAACACGGCGUGAUCUUAGGGAUGUCUGACCAAGGGGAGCUGACCAACGCUGAUCUGGUGGUGUUGUGGGACUCCGGAGCCAAUAGCUACUUUGGGGACGCGUGGAGCGACAGUGAGGGUCACGUUUCAUUGGACAGCCAACAAGACUACGAGUUGAUAGAAGCCAAACACAAUCCUGACGGAUUCUACCUACUCUUCAAGAGACCGUUCAGUACCUGUGAUCCCAGAGACUACCUCAUAGAGGAAGGAACUGUGCACACCAUCUAUGGCUUUUUGGAUAAACCACUUGCCUCGCUGGAGCAGCUGAAUUUGUCCCAGAUCCACAUGGGAGUACAGAGAGUGCUGAUGCUGCGCCCCGACACGCCGUCACCCACCCUGCCUCCAGAUGUGCAGACGCUGGAUGUGGUGGCUCCAAAUGUCAUCAUCCCAAAUCAAGAGACAACCUACUGGUGCUUCAUACAGAAGCUGCCUGAAAAUCUGCCCAAGAACCACAUUGUUAUGUAUGAGUCAGUGAUAACUCCAGGUAACGAGGCCAUCGUGCAUCACAUAGAAGUGUUUGAAUGUUCUCCGGAUGUCAGCUACAUUCCAGAGUAUAGCGGCUCUUGUGAUGACAAGAUGAAGCCAGGCAAGCUCAACUUCUGUCGCCAUGUGCUUGCUGCAUGGGCUAUGGGUGCUGAGGGUUUUUACUAUCCUCCAGAUGCAGGGCUGCCUAUGGGUGGACCAGGUUCCUCGAGGUUCCUUCGUCUGGAGGUCCAUUACCACAACCCUCUCCUUAUAUCUGGCCGUCCUGACUCGUCAGGGAUACGGUUGCAUUACACCCCAAGUUUGAGGCGGUACGAUGCAGGGAUCAUGGAGCUGGGCCUCGUUUACACUCCUAUCAUGGCUAUCCCGCCCAAGCAACACACCUUCUACCUCAGUGGAUAUUGCACCUCCAAGUGCACCCAGACUGCUUUGCCUCCAGGAGGAAUCUAUAUAUUUGCGUCUCAGCUGCACACCCACCUGGCGGGGCGUGGGGUGAGGACAGUUUUGGUGAGGGGAGGCAAAGAGUUGGAGGUGGUACAGGAAGACCAGCACUUCAGUACACACUACCAGACAAUCCGAGUUCUAAGGAAAAUGGCAAAUGUUUUACCCGGUGACGUCCUUAUAACAAAAUGUACUUAUAACACAGAAGAUAGGAGCAUGCCUACAGUGGGAGGUUUUGGCAUUAUGGAAGAAAUGUGUGUUAACUACAUUCACUACUACCCUCAAACUAAGCUGGAGCUGUGCAAGAGCCACGUUGACCCAGGAUACCUGCAGAAAUACUUUAACUUCAUUAACAGGUUCCACGGAAAUGACCAGUGUGUGUGUGGUGAGGUGGGUGUGACGGAGCAGUAUUCUCAACUACAGUGGGACACAUUCACCAGAGAAGUGCUGGACUCCCUUUAUAAUACAGCCCCCAUCUCCAUGCACUGCAACCAGUCUACUGCACACCUCUUUCCUGGAGAGUGGGACAAACAGCCUGUACCAUUGGUUACUUCCAUCCUUGAAAAACCUCGCUACCCCUGUGAGGGAGGCGCACUUCCCACCAGCCGCCCCCUUACACCCCCGAUCUGAGCCAGGGGGAAACACGGCACGCUUCAGCCCGACGAGAGGGGACCUAACCUGGGGAACGUUAAAGAAGCGCCUGGUACUUUGCAGAAUUUCCCCUGGUUUCAUCUGCUUGGGGAUAGAUGGCAUCCUCAGGGUUUCCUGAGCCCCACCGAAAUGUCUACAGUAUAUUCAGUUUCUGUGUUAUUAUCGGUACACACAAUUAAUGAUAAUCCUAUAUAUAUUUAUUGUUUUAAAGCAUUUAACAGUAAAAGUGGGAUUGAAAUCUAAAACAAAAGUGUGAUAAACUAAUUGGUGCUGGGGACAAACAUUUAAUACUUUAAAAAUAAAUUAUGAUUUUACUACUAUAAA